CUGGAGUAGUAUUUAGGUGCUUAUUUUCCCAUUCAUACAAAUUUUCAUAGCACCCAAUUCAUUUCUCCAGUCCAUAAAAAAUUUCCCACCUUUGUUUUACUUCUUUAGUUCUUUUCUUUCUCUUUUAACUCAUCUUCUUCAUAAACCUUAUAUUAGUACUAUAAAUUCCCAUCUCUCAUCUAAAUUCUAUACUUUGGUGUACAUAAACAUACAAUACAAAUUAAAUUUUAAUUUUUCUGAAUUAUUUCCUCUUUGUUUACUCACCAAUUAGAAGAAUUUAGAAUUCCAAAAUACCCUUUUGAUUUUUAUUGUUUCCUUUGUCAAAAGGCUAUCUGUGUAUUGGAAUUUGUAGGAAUUAUUGGUUGAUCAAACACCCAAUUGCUCAAAAAGAGCUAAUUUAGAAUUUUAAUUUUCUGGUUUUUUUGGAGAAUAAAUGGAAAAUAUGGAUGUUCUUGUUGAUGAACAAGAAUCAAUGGAUUUGCCACCUGGUUUUAGAUUUCAUCCUACUGAUGAAGAGUUGAUCACUCAUUACCUUUCACAAAAGGUUAUUGAUAUCAAUUUUUCUGCUAAAGCUAUUGGAGAAGUUGAUUUGAAUAAGUGUGAACCAUGGGAUUUACCAAAUAGAGCAAAAAUGGGAGAAAAAGAAUGGUAUUUUUUUUGUAUAAGGGACAGAAAAUAUCCAACUGGAUUAAGAACAAACAGAGCAACUGAAGAAGGGUAUUGGAAAGCUACUGGGAAAGAUAAAGAAAUUUUUAGGGGAAAAUCUCUUGUGGGUAUGAAGAAAACCUUAGUUUUCUACAAAGGCAGAGCUCCUAAAGGAGUAAAAUCUAAUUGGGUUAUGCAUGAAUAUAGACUUGAGGGUAAAUCAUCCCUCCAAAACCUCCCUUCUAAUUCAAAAAAUGAAUGGGUAAUUUGCAGGGUAUUCCAUAAAAGUGGAGCAGGAAAGAAAAUCCAAUUUCCUGGUAUGACAAGAUCAGAUUCAUUUGGAAAUGAAUUCAACCCAUCAAAUAAUUUACCACCAUUAAUGGAUUCAUCACCUUACAAUACAAAUUAUGGAUCCAUAAACGUGUCCUGCUUCUCCAACCUCAUGGAAACUGCUCAAUCAAGCCAUUACCCAAACACAAAUCAACCCCCUUUUAAUGGGUUAAUCAACAAUUCCUACAAUCCCUCAAUUCCCCCAAAUUUUGUGCAUAAUAAUUCUUAUUUUCCUUCAUUUGAUGGUAUCAAUUCUUAUUACCCAUCAGAAACAGGCCAAUAUUCUGGGAAUUACUCGGAUCAGAGAUUUCUCCAAGCAAUUAUUGAGAAUAAUAAUGGGGCAAAAUUGAAGCAGACAAUGAAAACAGAGAUGAUUAAUUACAGUCCAUCGGAAGAUACUGGUUUAAGCACUGAUAUCAAUGCUGAAGUUAUUUCGAAUUAUGAUAUGGGUCGGGGCCCGUUUCAUGAUCCUGAUGGACCAUCCACUUCUUCUGGCCCAGUAGAUUUGGAUUCUAUUUGGAAUAAUUAUUAAUUAAAGAAAUUAGCAGCAGAGAUUAUAGAAGAAAUUAGGAGGAAACAAAUGAAAUUAAAAACACAAAAAAGAUUUUAUAAGUUUUUAUUUAUUCAUAUUAGAUAUUAGAUUUUACCACGUUUAUUUGUUGAAUGUUUGAAUUUCGACAUGGAUCAUUCGUAGCUGGUGGGUCUAACAAGUUUAUUAUAUAGACUGAAUCCAAUUAAGGAGGCAGAUGAAAUACAAAAUACUUGUAUGUAUUAUAGUAAUGGUAUAGUAGAGCAUAAAAUAUAUUAUACAAAUGUCUAGUUUUCUAUUCUUAGUUUAUAAUUUAUAAUAUAUCUUGAUUGAUUUUA